CCAAUCAGAGCGCAGAGUGCGCGCAUUUUGAACCGUGUUACGGAGCAAACGGCCGCGGACAGAGAAGGUGACGCACCGCGGCUCGUCGCCUCUGACAGCUUCUCCACGUCCCUGUUGUUUUUCAAAAACGGCGACGACGCGAUUUUAACCAUGAGAAAGAGCGAGGUGCUAGCGGCGGAGGCGGUGUCCUGCCUGAACAAAGCGCUGUGCCACCUGAAGGACAUCUGGGAGGAGAUCGGCAUCCCGGAGGACCAGAGGCUGCAGAGGACCAACGUCGUCAAGAACCACAUCAAGGGCUUAUUAGAAAUGAUGAUCAAAGAGGAAGAGUCUCUGAAGAAGAGGCUGGUGAGCAGCAUCCAGAUGUGCAGGACAGAGAUGGAGCAGCUCUGCCUGGACCUCCAGCUGCCCAUGUUUGAGGAGGAGCGGGGUGUCACCAUGCUGCAGCAGGAGAAGAACAUCCGCACUCAGACGGAGGCUCUGAUGAAGGAGAAGACCCGCCGCAUGCAGCAGCUGAAGGUUCUCCUGGAGCAGGAGCAGGACCUGUGCGACAUCCUGUGCUCGGUGCCGUACGGCAUCGCGCCGGACUCCGUGCCGUCGCCGGAGCAACUGGAGGACUUCUGCCAGCACAUCGCCAACCAGAGCACGGAGAAGGCAAAGCGCUACGCCGAGUUCACGGACCUGAAGAGGCAGAUCACCUCGUACAUGGACGAGCUGGACCACGUCCCAGAGACCAGUUUCGAGAAGGACGUGGUCUGUGAGGAUGAGGACUCCUUCUGUCUUUCCAGAGACAAUAUCACGGCUCUCAAACUGCUCCUGUGUCAGCUGGAGGAACGCAAGGCGGACAACGAGGCCUUGUGCGAGAGCCACCGAGAGAAGAUCCAGCAGCUGUGGGAGCGACUGCAGGUUCCCCAGGAGGAGCGAGGCGCCUUCAACGAGCACAUGGUCGCUUCCAGGAAGAGGAACCUGGAGGCGUUACACGCUGAAGUCCAGCGUCUGGAGGAGCUGAAACUUCUGAACAUCCGCAACGUGACGGACGCCAUCCGCUCCGAGAUCGCCGCGCUCUGGGAAAAGUGCUUCUUCAGCGCCGAGCAGCGCCAGGCCUUCGCUGCGUAUCACAGCGAGGAUUUCACCGAGGAGCUGUUGAGUCGACAUGACGCUGAGAUCCAGCGCCUGAAGCAGCAUCACGAAGAUCACAAAGAGCUUUUUGACGGAGUUCAUCAUUGGGAGGAAAGUUGGAGACUCUUCCAGGAGCUGGAGAAAAAAGCCACCGAUCCAACGAGGUUCACAAACAGAGGAGGGAAUCUUCUCAAAGAGGAGAAGCAGAGGUCUGAGUUGCACAAAAGUCUGCCCAAGCUGGAAAAGAAAUUAAAAGCCCAGAUUGACGCGUGGGAAGGCGACCAGGGCCGGGAGUUUCUCGUAAACGGACAGAAGUUUCUUCAGUACGUGGAGGAGCAGUGGGAGCUGCACCGGAUCGAGAAGGAAAAGGAGAAACUAGAAAGACAACUGAAGAAGAGCAAACAGACGGAGGAGGACAUGCUGUACGGAACGGCGGUUCGAACCCCGACCAAACGCAGAUUCCUGGGCACGACCACACCAAAUAGUAAAUCAAGAAAGUUUAACGCCACGUCCAGUAUCUCCAGCGCCACGUCGAACAGCACCAUGCGCUCCGUCUACGGUGGAACGGUCUGCCGCUCGCCUGUGCCCCGCCCACCUCUCUCUGCAAACAAGGGUCCGGCAGCAUCAGGGACGCCAGGCGUCGGUAAACCCCCCCACCCUCGACUGCAGGGCUGUAACAAGGAGAACGAGGCACAGUCGAAGGGAACCCCCCCGCUGAGCGGUGCGUUGCUGACCCCCGCUAGUCCACAGCGUAACUUCAGCAUAGCCUCUGUCGCCAGCACGUAUUCAGAGUUUGUGAGGGACUUGGUCAACAUUGAAUCUGUUCAGUCCAGCGAGACCUGUCCAAGGCCUCUAACGCCAAGAUCCAGCACGACAUCCUGAACUCCACCAGCAGCGCCAACCUUUGACCUCUUUCUCCACUCUGAUGUCGACUGCAUUGUUUUAAACUUCCUCGUCCUUCCAGUGAAGUUUUUUUUCUCACUCUCCGACAACACUACCUUUCACCGCUAUCUGCUCUUUGUGUAAAUGAAGGUAAUAAUAUAUUGAGUCAGUGAUGAACAACGGACGAGUCUUUACCUGCUCUCCGUCACUGUACAAGAGAAAUGUGUUUGUAAGUUAAACUAACACUACUUUGGCUCUCUCAGAGAUGUAAAAUCUGUUGUCUGCUUCGUCGUGCACCGCACAUUUUUUUUUAAACGUGAAAGAAAGGAAAGUUUGGCUUUCUGAGGUUAUGCAAUCUGGGGGUUACAGGCCAAAUGUAUUAUGAGUACUUUGCACUUUUUUUAAUCGAAUAUAUUUUGCAGCGCAUAGUGUAAUUUUACACUCACACACACAAACUUCCUUCCGAACCCGUUUUAUACACGUAUGUAUAUAUUUCCAUAUCUUUUCUUCUCUUCAUAUAGACUCCAGUUUGAAGAUGUUUGUUUAAACAAGAUGUUAGAUAAAGAAUAUUUUAUAUUGGUGCUUUAUAGCAGUUUGAUAUAGAUAGAAAUCACAUGGAUUCAUGCUAUCAUGGGUGAUUUGGAAAAGGCUUGUCAAAAUAUAUUAAAUGCAUUUUUCUCUUGAAAAAAAAUCUCAUUUAAA